CCAGAGAGGCUUUAAGAUGUGCAAGAAGAAUUUCAGUGGGCUGGAAGUCAGCCUCAUCGGCCUCUUCUGCCUGGUGGCCAUUGUGGCCUGUGUCCUCAUUGGGCUUUUAGCAUCAGGACAAUCUGGAGUGAAACCUAAGGAAUUUUCACCAGAAUGUCCCGACAUAUUAAUAGCAGAGAGAAUUGACUGCAUCCCGGAUCAAGUAGCAACAAAGAGCACCUGCAAACAGCGUGGCUGCUGCUGGAGUCCCCAGAGUGACACCAGUGUACCCUGGUGUUUUUUCUCUUCAAACCAUGGGUACAAAGUGGAUGGGUCAACAAGAACAACUCGGGCAGGAUUUGAGACCACACUAACAAGGCUGCCAUCACCUUCCCUCUUUGGAAAUGAUGUCGACACUGUCCUCCUCACAGCAGAGUAUCAGACACCAAAUCGCUUCCACUUCAAGAUCACUGAUCCUAAUAAACAACGUUUUGAAGUUCCCCAUGAGCAUGUGCAACCUUUCACUGGAUCUGCAGCCUCUGAUCUAAAGUAUGAAGUGGAGGUGAAGCCCAACCCCUUUGGCAUCGUGGUGACCAGAGUGAGCAAUGGCAGAGUGCUGUUUGAUACUACUAUUGGACCUCUGCAGUAUGCUGACCAGUUUUUACAGCUGUCCAUCAGACUUCCCAGCAAGAACAUUUAUGGUGUGGGAGAGCACGUGCAUAAGCAGUACCGGCACGAUGUGAACUGGAAAACCUGGCCCAUGUUCAGCAGGGAUAUUGGCCCCUCUGGAGCAAUGCAUAACUUAUAUGGAGUUCAAACUUUCUUCCUGUGUUUGGAAGACAACACUGGAGCCUCCUUUGGUGUUUUCCUAAUGAACAGCAAUGCCAUGGAGUUUGCAGUGCAGCCUGCUCCAGCAGUGACCUACAGAACCAUUGGUGGGAUCCUUGAUUUCUAUAUCUUCUUGGGGAACACUCCAGAGGAAGUAGUCCAGGAGUACCUGAAGUUUGUGGGACUACCACUAUUGCCUUCCUACUGGAGCCUGGGCUUCCAGCUCAGCCGCUGGAAUUACGGGUCUCUGGAAGAGGUGAAGAGAGUUGUGGAGAGGAACAGGGCGGUUGGACUCCCUUAUGAUGCUCAGGUCACUGAUAUUGACUAUAUGGAGAAAAAGAAAGAUUUUACUUAUGACAAAGUGAUGUUUCAAGAUCUCCCUAAUUUUGCAUCUUGUAUGCAUAACCACGGACAAAAAUAUAUUAUCAUAUUGGAUCCUGCUAUCAGCACAGAAAAGCUGGUUGAUGGUAGCCCCUAUGGAAGCUACGUCAGGGGAGAGAGCAAAAAAGUCUGGGUUAAUGAAUCAGAUGGAGUGACAACAUUAGUUGGGGAGGUGUGGCCAGGGGAAACUGUGUUUCCAGACUUCACCAACCCAGAGUGCACUAGCUGGUGGGUGGAUGAGUGCAAACGGUUCCAUGGCAUAGUGCCUUAUGAUGGGAUCUGGAUUGAUAUGAACGAAGUAUCCAACUUCAUUCAAGGCUCAAAAAAGGGAUGUGCAGAGAAUGACUUAAACUAUCCUCCUUUCACUCCCAAUAUUCUCGACAGGCUCAUGUUUUCCAAGACGCUUUGUAUGGAUGCAGAGCAGAAGUGGGGGAAACAUUAUGAUGUCCACAGUCUUUAUGGAUAUUCUAUGGCCAUAUCAACACAGAAAGCCAUCCAGACAGUGUUUCCUGGAAAAAGAAGCUUCAUUAUUUCAAGGUCUACUUUUGUUGGAUCAGGAAAGCACACAGGACACUGGCUGGGAGAUAAUGCAGCAACAUGGGAUCAUCUAAGAUGGGCAAUACCUGGAAUGCUGGAGUUUAACCUCUUUGGAUUUCCUUAUAUUGGAGCAGAUAUUUGUGGUUUCUUUGACAACACCACGGAAGAACUUUGCAGACGAUGGAUGCAAGUAGGAGCAUUUUACCCAUUUUCCAGGAAUCACAAUGCAGAAGGUUUCGUGUCUCAAGAUCCAGUUGCAUUUGGACCUGAUUCAGUCUUGGUGAAAACCUCCAAGUAUUACUUGAACAUUCGCUACACUUUGCUGCCCUAUCUGUACACACUCUUCUAUAAAGCUCAUACUCAAGGGGACACAGUCGUACGGCCAGUUUUGCAUGAGUUCUACACUGAUGAAGAGACUUGGGGCAUUGAUAGGCAAUUCCUGUGGGGUCCUGGCCUGCUUAUUUCCCCUGUACUUGAUCCGGGUGUGAAUGAAACUAGAGCAUAUAUUCCUGAUGCAGUUUGGUAUGAGUAUGAUACAGGGGCAAAAAUCUUCAUCAGAAAACAGUGGACUUACCUGCACCUGCCAGCAGACAAAAUGGGACUCCAUUUGAGAGGAGGCUAUGUUUACCCUACUCAACAGCCAGCUAGCACAACAGUUGCAAGUCGCAAGAAUCCAAUGGGACUUAUAAUUGCUCUGGAUGACAACCAAGCUGCUUCUGGGAACUUGUUCUGGGAUGAUGGAGAAUCCACAGGUACAGUUGACAGCAAAGCCUACAUUUACUAUGAGUUUACAGUUUCCAAUAACGUUCUACAAAUGAAUGCUAUAAACAGCAAAUACAUCGAUCCAAACAACUUGAAAUUUGAAGAAAUCAAGAUAUUGGGAGUGCCCCAGGAAGUAAAGACAGUUACUGUAUCUCAGAACAAUGUUGAGGAAAAUUAUCCACUCAAAGUCACCUAUGACUCCCUAGCAAAGGUCGCUCACAUAGCAGGACUUAAACUUGAACUGGGAAAAUCUUACACAGUGAAAUGGACACAACAACAGAGUAUUAAUGAAAGGUUUAAUUGUUAUCCCAGUCCCAAUCCAACACAAGAAAAAUGUGAACAACUCGGCUGUGUCUGGGAACCAGAACCAUCGAACCCUGAUGUUCCAGCCUGCUAUUACAGCUCUGCCAAUGCUUACUCUGCAGACAAAGUAGAAUACACCUCGUCAGGUGUUACAGCCAACCUCAUCUUAAACAGCAACAAGAACAGAGCUAAUGAUAACUUCACUAAACCAAUUAGCACACUGCGCUUGGAGGUGAAAUACCACCUCAACAACAUGCUGCAAUUUAAGAUCUAUGAUUAUCAGAAUGCCCGAUAUGAGGUUCCGGUGCCGCUAAACCUGCCGCGCUCCCCCGCGAGCACGGAGAAGGGGCGGCUCUACGACGUGUCCCUCCAGCUGAAACCUUUUGGGAUUCAGGUUCGGCGCAGAAGCACGGGAGCAGUCAUCUGGGAUUCAGCACUGCCCACCUUCACAUUCAGCGACAUGUUCAUCCAGAUUUCUACCCGCUUAGCAUCCCAGUAUAUCUAUGGAUUUGGAGAGACUGAGCACACCAUGUUUAGACGGAACAUGAGCUGGCACACCUGGGGAAUGUUCACCAGGGACGAGGCUCCUACUUACAAACUGAAUUCCUAUGGUUAUCAGCCAUUUUACAUGGCUCUUGAAGAAGAGGGCAAUGCCCAUGGAGUUCUCUUGCUUAACAGCAAUGCAAUGGAUGUGACAUUCCAGCCGACCCCCGCCCUGACGUACCGCACCACUGGAGGAAUUCUCGACUUCUACAUGGUUUUGGGCCCAACACCAGAACUUGUUGUCCAGGAGUACACUGAACUGAUUGGACGACCUGUCAUGCCACCCUACUGGGCUCUGGGAUUCCAAUUGUGCCGCUUUGGAUACAGCAACGACUCAGAAAUUGCCCAGCUGGUGGAGAGCAUGAAGGCAGCCAGGAUUCCCUAUGAUGUCCAAUAUGUUGAUAUUGACCACAUGGAAAGGCAAAUGGACUUCACCAUCAGCCCACACUUUGCUGGAUUACCUGCUCUGAUUAACAAAAUAAAAGAAGAAGGAAUGAGAUUUAUCAUUAUCCUGGAUCCAGGCAUCUCUGGAAAUGAAACCAAUUAUCCUCCCUUCUCAAGAGGUGUGCAGGAUGAUGUGUUCAUAAAGUGGCCCAAUACCAAUGACAUCAUAUAUUCCAAGGUCUGGCCGUUUCUUCCCAAUGUACAAAUCAAUGAGUCACUGCCUCUGCCCACCCAAAUACAGCUCUAUGGAGCACAUACUGCUUUCCCAGACUUCUUCCGCAAUUCCACAGUGAACUGGUGGAAGAGAGAAAUCCUGGAGUUCUACAACAAUCCCACCGACCCCUCGAGAAGCAUCAAGUUUGAUGGCCUGUGGAUUGACAUGAAUGAACCAGCAGCUCUUAUGAAUGGUGCCAUUGGUGGCUGCAGAAAUGACCUCCUCAACAUGCCACCAUACAUGCCACAUUUGGGAUACAGGUCAGAUGGAUUAACUGUCAAAACUCCAUGCAUGGAAGGCCAACAGUAUCUUCCAGAUGGCACCCCAGUGAGACACUAUGAUGUCCACAGUCUUUAUGGAUGGUCACAAACAAAACCUACCCUAGAAGCUGUGCAAAGUGCCACCAAGGAGCGUGGGAUCGUUGUCAGCCGCUCCACGUACCCCAGCAGCGGCCGGUGGGCAGGACACUGGCUGGGUGACAACACGGCAGCUUGGGAUCAGCUAGCCAAGUCAGUCAUUGGUAUGAUGGAGUUCAGUCUCUUUGGAAUAUCUUAUACAGGAGCUGACAUCUGUGGCUUCUCCAAAGACUCAGAGUACGAGCUGUGCGUUCGCUGGACGCUGCUGGGCGCCUUCUACCCAUACUCGAGGAACCACAAUGAGAAAGUAACCAGGAGGCAAGAUCCUGUUUCCUGGAACUCAACAUUUGAGGAUAUUUCCAGGAAGGUGCUGAACAUCAGAUACACCCUGUUGCCCUAUCUCUACACAUUACUGUACGAAGCCCACGCCCACGGCACCACUGUGGUCCGCCCCAUGCUCCAUGAGUUUGUGGAAGACAGAACCACCUGGGACAUCUAUGAGCAGUUCCUCUGGGGCCCUGCACUGCUCAUCAGCCCUGUGAUGCAAAAGGGUGCUGUGGCAGUGAAUGCUUACAUACCCGGGGCCCGCUGGUACGAUUACUACACAGAUGAAGACAUUGGCUUUAGGGCACAAUUCAAAGUUUUACCAACUCCUUUGGACCACAUCAACCUGCAUAUCCGAGGGGGACACAUCCUUGCUUGGCAAACACCUGCUAACACAACUUAUUACAGCCGGAAGAACCCGCUGGGCCUCACUGUGGCUUUGAAUGACAACCAGUUUGCAGAAGGACAGCUGUACUGGGAUGACGGGGUUCGCAUCGAUGCAUAUGAAGAUGGUGUGUAUCUGCUAACAUCAUUUACUGCUAAUAAGACUGUUUUAGAUAUCCAGGUCUCCCAUCAUGGCUACACUGACCCAAACAACUUGAAGUUCACUGAGAUUAAAGUCCUGGGAGUUCCCACCAGUGUCAAGCAGGUGACCGUGUCACAGAACGGCGGGACCAUCCCCUCCUCUCAUAUCAUGAACUACAACACAGCCAAGAAGCUCCUGACAAUCACCAAGCUUCAGCUGGAAUUAGGCAAAAACUACACUGUGCAGUGGAGAUAAAAUGCCUGCAAACUGACACUGGCCAAACUGCUGAAUCUUCUCAUUGUUUCAAGACCAUCUCUCAUUUUUUCAGUUUUCAGAGUGUCAUCUUGAGAAUACUUUUUACUAAACAACCAUACCAGUUACAGUCAGUUCCUAUCAAGGUAUGAUGUGUAUAGAACAGAUACGUUUCAGUGUUGCUGGAGGCCAACUACAAGGUCUCCAGGUGGUGCACAAAUCUGUGUUUUUAACAGUGUAACUUCAUCUUUCAAAACUGAGAACUGAAUUCAAACUCUGUGUUUUCUCAGAGUAGAAUUUCUGGCUGACUUAAUCCUUGCCAAAUUUUGUAAAAAAAGAUGUUUUUGGUGUUACCUACAUGGAUUUGGGGCCAUAAUUCUGCCCAGAUUUCACUUUCAUCUUACUUUUAAUUAUGCCUAUCUAAGUCACUGCAACAGAGAAGUAUUUGAGGCCAGACCAAGCAGAAGUAAAUGUUUUCAGAAUAUUGAUUUAGCAUGAAACUAUGUUUCAAGUUGUUGAUCCAUAAAAUACUGAGGUACUUGCAAAAGUCAUUUGAAGGUGGUUUUUGUUUGUUUUUUCUUUAUGACUUUAGCCAGACAUUUAUGUUCCCUUGUGUUUUGAUCCAAAGUUGUACAAUUAAACCUGAAGUGUCAAGGUUAACUAGUGAAUGUUGGCCCCUGAGUGUGGAUUUCACUAUGGGAAAUGUUGCUCUAUAUUUACUAUAAUAGUAAUUCAUGUUAAAGACUCUUUGUACCCCAAGAGUGCAGCAUGUGAUCUAAACAGAUUGGUAAAGCCUGUUUAAAAUUAAAUUUGAUGGGCAGAAACUGCUGUCAGAGGCAGCAGUAACCUUUAGUGACUGUGCUAAGGAUUCAUUUAAAGGAUUCUUCCUGCUUCCAAAUUUUGUAGUAAACCAGCUGAGUAGCCAACAUCUCAUGAAUUGUUACGAAUUUCUGAUCGAUGAUGGAUUGAAAUUGAAACUUUAAAAAUUAAUCCAAUGGGACAAAACACACCUAAUUAUCCUACGUGGGAAGGAUGUGUUUAAAUACACAUCUGGUAUGUGCUACACAUAGACAAUUAGUAAGUGCAUGUGUAAGUGUAAACACAUGCACACACUAUAUAUAUUCUUUAAAUUAUUAAUAUUUUAAAUUCUAUUAUGUAAAGGUUUUUAAACUUACUAUAGGGUUGUUCUCAAAUUCAGAGUAAUUUCAGCUGAAGUUUUAAUGCAUUCCAGGCAUUAUGCACACAAUAAUCAUUAUGUAAUAAGCAAUUCAGAAAUGCUCUCUGACCAGUGGUUCCCUUUUAAUAAACUCAUGAGACCUUGCAGGUGGAUAUACUGCACCAUUUCAUCCCACGGAUAUAACCCCUGGAAUUCAGGGUCAGGACAUAAAGCAGCUGAUACUAAUAAAUUCCAGCUCUUUUAAAAACUUGAAGCCAUUUGCACUGAGCACUUGGUGCAGGAAAGGCAAAGAAAAGAGACAUUCAGGCAGAACGGUCCCAAAAGUAAUUUUUAGCAACAUUAUUUGCUAUAAACUGUGCCUUAAAAAUACCACAGGGAUGGAGAAGAGCAAAGAACCUGGUCUAGAUGAGUCCCUCCAGGUCUGUGGCUUUCUUUGCUGGCAUGGGAAGAGCUGAGCUGGAGGAUCUGCUGCAUAACACAGAACAUGUCCAGCCUCUUUGUAGAGUGAGGAUCCAUCACUUGGAUGGAUCACUUGGAAAAAAACCUUGUACCUUGUUUUGGUAUUUGGAUAAACGUCUAGGACUGAGGAGCACAAAGUGCUGGUUUGAAUCCAGAAGAGCUGCUGCCUAAAAAUUACAGAACUUGGAUGGCUUGUCUUAUUUCCUCAUGAACAGAAAUGAAGUGGGGAGUAACACACUGUGACUUGCCAUGGACGUGUUUGACAUGGACCCAGCAAAUGGAAAUUGAGAAGAAUCUUUCUCAGGUCCAACCCUUUUGCUUCCUUCACUUUGUCGUUGCUUUCACUAAUAUAUUUAAUUCUGUUAAUGUUUUUAAUGCGUAAGAAAAUAAGUAGCAUUUUUAAACAAUAUUUACACCAUCAAGUUUAUCUUUAAUAAAUAUCUGUACUGACA